AUGGACAACAAGUGCUUCACUUAUCACACAUCGAGUGAUAUAAUGUUUGCCGGUAUUCAAAACGGACGGGUAGUACAGAAGGGAGAGCAGCCGUGGACUGUGUUUAUCACAAAUGUUAGAAAUGGAAUUUGUGGAGCAAACUGUGCGGUGACUGACAUUCGUGUAUAUCCGGGGCUAACGAACCAAAGCUAUACAAACCAUCCCUUCUAUACGGGCGGUCAGUAUUUCGUAACUCCCGAACAUGAGCUUAAACUCGGGCCCGCCUAUGACUUGGGGUUAAUUCGACUCAACACUGCUAUACCAUUGGACGGAACGACCGGUUCGUCGGGUAUUAACUCGAUUUGUUUGCCCGAAAAGAUGGCCGUCAAUGAGAGGGAAGAAUACGUCCAAUUGGUUGGGUUCGGGGUCGAGAACAAUAGCGGAACGGGUUGGGGAAUACAGCGAAUAGGAUUCGCUAAAAUCACGAAAGCCUAUGCGGACAACUCUGGCGAUCGAAAUUAUGCCCUUUUCGCUCGACGCGUACUGUUCCCGUCGGGUUCGGGUCUUUGUACUGUAUCGAUGAGUGGAAUAAUAUUCCGAAAGGAUUUCCCAGAUCCGACUUAA